UGCGCUAUAGGUUCUUUGUUGGUUCGUUGACAGAGUUCCUUGUCACUUAUUCUUUCCAGUCAUGUGAUCUGACAGCAGAGGCAAAGUUAGAGAAAAUCUGCAUUAUGCUGUUAAAAAUGGGUUUUGUGACGUCCGUGAAACACAUAGAAGCACUGAUUGACUUGAAAUUCAUUAUGGAAGAUCUGAAUCUUGUUUUUAUGCUGAAUACAACAGAUUUCCGAUUGAUGAAAAUUUGCCUGGUUUCUCCAGUCCUGUACUUGAAAACCUCAUUGGUGACUUCCUUAUCUUGGGUUGAAAUGAUGUUGUCUGCCUAGAUAAGUGAAAGGAGAGUGUAUUGAUAUAGUAAAUGCAUAUGAAAUCCAU